AUGGCUUCUGCCACCCCAUUGCAUCCUUCUGCUAAAGAGAGCUUAAAUUAUGCUCAGCUCUGUUGCCUUCUUGUUGAAGUUGGAUCACUUGUGCUAAGGGAGAUCUUUGACCGGGUAUGUCCACCAGGAAACCUUCAUGCAGUUCUGACUGAUCCCACAAACCAUGCCAAACUGCAAUCACUGCGAAAGAAGAGAGUCCUGCAUACUUCCCAGUGGGGGAAACUGUAUCCUACUUCCAAAUCUUCAGUUUCCUCAAAGGACUUUGACACCUGCUUACUGUUAUGUCUUCUGAAGAAUAUCUGGGGUCUGACUCUCCCUGCCUCUGGCUGGAAUAAGCUUACUCCAGGAUCAGACAUCUCUCUGGCAGCUGACAUCACUUGCAUCAAGUUUUUCAGGGACAGAGUUUUCAGUCAUGCUGCUAAUGCUUCAGUUGAUGAUCCAACUUUUAGUUUGUACUGGAACAGCAUCAAAGACACCUUUCUGCGCAUUGGAGGGACCUGCUAUGAGGAAGUCAUAGAUGAUCCUACAUUCUAUUAUAUGGAUGCUGAUCUUGAAGAACGCUACCGAGAGCUUCUGAGAGAGUGGUUCAAAGAUGAUGACUGUAUCACAGACAAAUGGCAUGAAGACAAAAUUGUGGAAAAGGCCAGGAAAGGAGGGGACAUGGAGGAUUCCUUUGACAUUUCUGAAAAAAAUUCAUGGGAGAGGGGUGUGUGUAAUUUUUUUUUCUAAACCUGAGUUUUAAACUAACUUUGUAGAGUCAAUAAUGUACAGUAACUCAUACUAGAUUGUUAGAUGAAAUGAAUUUUGUGCAGAUUUUUCUUUAAAAGUCACAACUAUGUGUAAUUGAAGUUGUGAAUCUUUAUUCCCUUGAUACAUCAAGUGUAUCCAUAAUUUGCUUUUUUUUCUUCAUCUUUCUUAUCUUUUGAUUUCCAUUUGGGUAAGCUAUUUAAUUGUCACAUACAAAAACCAAGACUACAACCUUCUUUUUCAGAGACGGUAACGAUACCAGGGGAAAAUACAUCAGCACAGACUGGUAAUAGUAGCCUGUCAGAGCUCAGCCUGCCAGAGCUCAGUGUGAAACUUCCAGAGUUGAGUGAUCUUCCAACAAUCUCUAAUCCUUGGGAAACUGUUGAACUUCCUGUUGAUAUUCUUUUAUUAACAGUAGAAGACUGUGAGUUCUUAGGCUGCUUUGCUUACUUGAAGAAACCCUUUAAGAGUUACCACAUCAGUACUGGCCCUGUGUACUUUGGGUGCAUGGGUGAUGAUCAAGGAAAGAAAAUUAAAAUUGCAUUGAUGAGGUGCUCCAAAGGUCCUGAUGUUCCUGGGGGUUCUCUGUCUGUUUCAAAAGAUGCCAUCUUGCUACUGAGACCCAAGGCUAUUUUUUCAGUUGGUGCCUGCAGUGGUUUGAACAGCAAAAAGGUCAAGUUAGGAGAUGUGGUUGUUUCAGCAAAGCUUAUAACAGCUGCACACAAAACUCCCCCCAGCAGAGAUAUUGGUAACUUGAUCAAACAUGUGGCUGAUGGGUGGAAGGCACCUUUACAAAAUGCUGAUGAAUAUAAUGCCAAAGUGCACUGUGAUGGAGUGGUUCUGAGUAUCUCAGAGGCAAACAGAGAUAUGAUGAGGAAACAUCCUGAAGCAAUUGCAGUUGAAAUGGAAGGUGGAGGUGAGAAUCAUAAUAAUUCAUAUAAUUGAUGAGCCAAGCACUUUUGCACUUGUAGCAAAUGUGUUUUGAAAAACACUGCUCUGCUAUUGUCUCUGCUGGUCUAAGAAAUAGUAUGUACCAUAUAGCAUGCCAAAUUUGCAGGAAUUGUAUAUCGCAUAAUAGUAGUGAUUUUGUGUUUGGCUGGGGUAGGAAGAUUUUACAGGUGAAGGUGACUGAAUACUUCUUCUGGCUAAAUUGAGUGUGCUUACCUUCAGGGUGUCAUGAAUUGUGUUACAUUUGUCAUCUGAAAAAUGUAGAAAGUAUUUUGUUGAGUAGUUUGAGAGUUGAGGAAUAGUAUCACAGUCCCUGUUAACACUUAAAUUCCCAUGAGUGACCAAGAUAGAAUUUCUCCUUACAGUAUCAACAUGAUACCAAGCAGAUAAGUGAUGGGAAAAGAUAAAAUGUAAAUUAGGGGAUUAUUGGUGGAUCCAAAACCAAAUUCUCCUAACUAACAUCAUAGGAAUUGUUUAACAGACAUUAACCCAUUAACUCCCAAGAUCUCAUUAGCAGUUCUCCUUAUUGUCUGUGAAAUGAUUCUCAUUAUGUUAGUUUGGUAUUGGAUCAAUUAGUAUAAUCCCAUAAUUGGCAUUUUUCUUUAUUCCCAUCACUUGUCUGCAUGAUAUUGUAUCGAUAUAGUAAGGAGAAAUUCUCACUUGGUUACCCACGGGAGAUAAAGGGUUUAAGGGAAUUACUAAUGAGGUCUUAGGAGUGAAAGGGUUAACUCUAUCUGACAGAAGUUUGUCUUUUGAGAAAUGUUGAAAGUUACUUAUGAAACAAGGUGAAACCUGAAGAAUAAUUUUACAGUCAGUGUACAAUUUUUUUUAUUACUAGUUCAAAAAAUAUUAGAUUUCGAAAUUAACUAACGUCUUUUUGCGUUGUGCAUUUUUACAAACAGCUAGAGUGUGAAUCUUUGUGAGCUUUAAUUGGACAAUUAUAUUAAGGAUACUAAGAAAAUAAGCUUAAUAUACAGUUAACAGACAUGAGUAUUUUUUUUUCAGGAGUGUAUGCAGCAGCUCACGAUUUUAAGACAGAAUGGGUGGUCGUAAAGGGCAUCAAAGACUUUGCGGAUGAAAUGCAGUCUUCAAGUAAGAAAUGGAAACAAAUUGCCUGUGUGAUGGCAGCAUCUGUCGUGGCCAACAUUUUGAAUGAUCCAGUCAUAUUCCAAAAUUGGCCUCAUUUUAAUGCAGGUAUUGCUUCCUGUUUCAAUCUUCUCUUUUUACAAGGAUAGGUCUGACUUAGAUCUAAGUUCCACUGCAUAUUUUUGUAUGGAUUAUAAAUCAAGAUGAUUUAUUCAGUAAUAGUUCACAAAUAGGAAAUUAAAUUACCCUUAUUUUGAGUUUACAUUCCGGUUGGUUUAACAAGGCCUCUUAAGGUGGUGGGAGAAACAACGUGUGGCUAAAUUGAGUGAUGUGAUGCUGAAUAACAAUUCACUCCAUGAGCCACGUGAAAUGGCCGGUAUUCUAUAGUUAGCAUGGUUUAUGUAACACAACUAAAAUGAGGAAAAUUCAGAGGCUUAUGACCUCCACCAAAGUGAUUUGAGUGAUUUGAUAUAUGUUCUUGGACCACUAAGCAACACAGAGACUCUAUGGUGAGCUGGGCCCCUUACCGAGUUUAUAUAUGACACGCGUCCUGCAUGCUGUUAGGAUCAGCAGUGUGGAUAGCAGCAUGUUUUUAAAUAGUAUAAGAAAGAAGGUAAAUUUUGAGCUCGGUAAAAGAAAUGGAGAAAUGUUUUUCGUCUUGUCACGAGCGUGGAAAAAAGAUAAAAGAUAACAGAAACAAAAUAGAAAGAAAAAAAACUCCAGAUAGUUAUCAAAAAAGAGAUCGUGUUCUUGGGAGAGGAGGGGUUUAUAAAUGUUGUGUAAAAAAACAAACAAACAACAGUCAGACUUUGCUGCAGGAAAACUAACGUGGUUUUUCACUCUCAGCUAGCACAUGGAACAUUAAAAAAGACCUUAAUCAGCUGAGAUGUGAAGUAGGAAAUAUUGUGGAAAAAUUGGAUACGAUGAUGGCUCGACAACAGGAAACAAAGGAUCGAGGUAAGUUCAGGAUGAAACUCCAUCUCUCUCGCUUAAUCUCUGAUCAAAAAAUAAAUUAUGUUUUAUGCUUAAUCUCUGAUCAAAAAAUAAAUUAUGUUUUGGCAUGAGAUUUAUCAAUCUUUACCCUUAGAUAAAGUGACGAAUGACUUUGACUGGAUGAGAACUGAAAUUGGAAAUCUACGUGAUAAGCUGGACACUUUGAUAGCACGACAUCAUGAAGCACAAGAUCAGGGUGAAUUCUUAAUGCCAUUUCUUACGUCACUUUUAAAAAUUAAAAUAAACCUUUUAAAAUUGAGUGAAGUUUGAGAGGUGCUUUAAAAUUUUCUACGUGAUAAGCUGGACACUUUGAUAGCACGACAUCAUGAAGCACAAGAUCAGGGUGAAUUCUUAAUGCCAUUUAUUAUGUCACUUUUGCAAUUAAAAUUAACCUUUUAAAAUUGAGAAGUAUGGGAGGUGCUUUAAAAUUUUCUAACAUAUCAACCGUCAAAGCGCAGUGAGGUGCAUAUUGCUGUAUGCAGUUUGAUUAUUUUAAUGGUUACUGAAAAUGUACCACAACCCCUCCCCCCCCCACCUAAAAAAAAGAAAAACAACAGCAAGAAACAAUAAAAACGAAAAAAAAAGUAUUAAAGGUACUAAUACUCCCAAAUAAAUUAAAAGGAAUGAAUGAAGGUUUUUUGGUUUUCCAUUGUUGAUUGUUUCAUAUACGCAUGAAAUACGAAUAAAAAACCAGUAAUUGCUAUUUCUUUUAAAGUAAAGGGAAAAAGAAACCUGGACUUAUUUCAGACAAAUAUGUGUUUUGAAAUUUAGAAAAAAUGACAAAUGACAUUGAUCAGAUGAGAAGUGAAAUUGGAAACAUACAAGACAAGUUGUCAAGUUUAAUGAUGGCCCGACAAGAGGAAACACAGCAUCAAGGUUAGUCCCUACAGUAGCUAUGAAUUCAAGGGCGAUUCAUCUAUUGAAAUGCGGAGCUUCGGGAGAGUUAUUAUUAAGAGGGUAUUCACCGUAAGAAUGUUGCUUUUUUUGAGUGAACAACGUUAAAACAGAUUAAACCUAUAUAACCUCGUGGAACGAAACAUAAAGGCCCGGUUAUUUAAACAAAGUUUGGCCGUUGUUUGACAAAACCACGUCCUAUUAUCUACCUACUAUCUUCAAUUUAGCCAAACCUUUUAUCUUAUCUCAUUUUUGUGAAAAGUGUCAAGGGAGCCGAAAGCUAACUGCAGAAGGACAUUUAUUUAAUUAAAUCAAUCCACUUCUAGGGAAUGCCCAAGGCCCAUUGUUUCAGGGUUAUUUUUAAUCUCUCCUCUACCCUCCUGGGUAGUGUGUACCUGAGGGUUACUUUUAUCUCUUCUAUACCCUCUUGGGUAGUAUAUACCUAAGGGUUACUUUUAUCUCUCCUAUACCCUCUUGGUUAGUAUAAACCGAAGGGUUACUUUUCUCUAUCCUAUACCCUCUUGGUUAGUAUAUACCUAAAGGUUACUUUUAUCUCUCCUAUACACUCUUGGUUAGUAUAUACCUAAGGGUUAAUUUUAUCUCUCCAAUACCCUCUUGGUUAGUAUAUACCGAAGGGUUACUUUAACCUCUUCUAUACCCUCUUGGGUAAUUUUAACCAAGGGGUUACUUUUAUCUCUCCUAUACCCUCUUGGUUAGUAUAUACCUAAGGGUUACUUUAACCUCUUCUAUACCCUCUUGGGUAAUUUAAACCUAGGGGUUACUUUUAUCUCUCCAAUACCCUCUUAGGUAGUUUAUACCCAAGGGUAACUUUUAUCUCUUCUAUACGCUCUUGGGUAGUAUAUACCUUAGGGUUACUUUUUUCUCUCCUAAACCCUCUUGGGUAGUAUAUACCUUAGGGUUACUUUUAUCUCUCCUAUACCCUCUUGGGUAGUAUAUACCUUAGGGUUACUUUUUUCUCUCUUAAACCCUCUUGGGUAGUAUAUACCUAAGGGUUACUUUUAUCUCUCCUGUACCCUCUUGGGUAGUAUAUACCUAAGGGUUACUUUUAUCUCUUCUAUACCCUCUUGGUUAGUAUAUACCUAAGGGUUACUUUUAUCUCUUCUAUACCCUCUUGGUUAGUAUAUACCUAAGGGUUACUUUUAUCUCUCCUAUACCCUCUUGGUUAGUAUAUACCUAAGGGUAACUUUUAUCUCUCCUAUACCCUCUUGGUUAGUAUAUACCUAAGGGUUACUUUUAUCUCUCCUAUACCCUCUUGGGUAGUAUAUACCUAAGGGUUACUUUUAUCUCUCCUAUACCCUCUUGGGUAGUAUAUACCUAAGGGUAACUUUUAUCUCUCCUAUACUCUCUUGGGUAGUAUAUACCUAAGGGUUACUUUUAUCUCUCCUAUACCCUCUUGGGUAGUAUAUACCUAAGGGUAACUUUUAUCUCUCCUAUACUCUCUUGGGUAGUAUAUACCUAAGGGUUACUUUUAUCUCUCCUAUACCCUCUUGGGUAGUAUAUACCUAAGGGUAACUUUUAUCUCUCCUAUACCCUCUUGGGUUGUAUAUACCUAAGGGUUACUUUUAUCUCUCCUAUACCCUCUUGGGUAGUAUAUACCUAAGGGUUACUUUUAUCUCUCCUAUACCCUCUUGGGUAGUAUAUACCUAAGGGUAACUUUUAUCUCUCCUAUACUCUCUUGGGUAGUAUAUACCUAAGGGUUACUUUUAUCUCUCCUAUACCCUCUUGGGUAGUAUAUACCUAAGGGUAACUUUUAUCUCUCCUAUACUCUCUUGGGUAGUAUAUACCUAAGGGUUACUUUUAUCUCUCCUAUACCCUCUUGGGUAGUAUAUACCUAAGGGUAACUUUUAUCUCUCCUAUACCCUCUUGGGUUGUAUAUACCUAAGGGUUACUUUUAUCUCUCCUAUACCCUCUUGGGUAGUAUAUACCUAAGGGUUACUUUUAUCUCUCCUAUACCCUCUUGGGUAGUAUAUACCUAAGGGUAACUUUUAUCUCUCCUAUACUCUCUUGGGUUGUAUAUACCUAAGGGUUAAUUUUAUCUCCUAUAACCUCUUGGGUAGUUUAUAGCUAAGGGUUACUUUUACUUCUACUAUACGCUCUUGGGUAGUUUAUACCUAAGGGUUACUUUUAUCUCUCCUAUACCCUCUUGGUUAGUAUAUACCUAAGGGUUAAUUUUAUCUCUCCUAUAACCUCUUGGGUAGUUUAUAGCUAAGGGUUACUUUUAUCUCUCCCAUACGCUCUUGGGUAGUUUAUAUCUAAGGGUUACUUUUAUCUCUCCUAGACGCUCUUGGGUAGUAUAUACCUAAGGGUUACUUUUAUCUCUGCUAUACCCUCUUGGCUAGUAGAUACCUAAGGGUUACUUUUAUCUCUCCUAUACGCUAUUGGGUAGUGUAUACCUUAGGGUUACUUUUAUCUCUCCUAUACGCUCUUGGGUAGUAUAUACCUAAGGGUUACUUUUAUCUCUUCUAUACUCUCUUGAAUAAUGUAUACCUGAGGGUUACUUUUAAUCUCUUCUAUACCCUCUUGAGUAGUGUAUACCUGAGGUUUACUUUUAGUCUCUUCUAUACCCUCUUGAGUAGUGUACUCGGAACAGAGAGACCAUCAGUUGAAAGCGAUGUGUAUUCUCUGGAUUAUCUAAUCAUCACUGCAUAAAGAAGGAUUUGUCUGAGUUAGCCUUAAAUAGGCCUAGGCCUUCGAUCAUGGAGGUAAAAUCAGCUAGACCAGUGCCGCUUUUAAGGCUAUUUUUGAGUUUCUUAUUUUUACAUGUUUUAAAUUGUUCCUGUCAUAUGUUGCUCUAACAUUUGGCCAGGACUAUUUGUGCACCUUGUAUUAACGAUUUACCGUUGUUUUCUUUAAGACAUGCAUUAUUUCUACAAAGAAAAUAAGCUUAGCGUACUGCCCCUUAGGUUAUUUCGAAUUAGAUCCGUUAAGUUUCCUCGAGGAAUUUCCCAGAACUCUUGUUUCUGGACAAUGUGCGAACAAAGUAGUGUUGCAUCUGGAAAAUGAUUAGAAAUGUAAUUAUGGGAAGUUGCAGUUUUUUUUUCACUUCAUUCGGAAGCACGGGUUCGAAUUUCAUCGAAGCCUGAACCUUCACAGAUUUAUUCCUGUAACUUUUAAAAUUAUCGCUUAACUGUAGGUAUCAUGGCUUUAUUUAUGACAGAAUGGUAAUAAAUAACAGUCACUGGCAUUGUAUAGGAUCCAAGCCUCAAACUUUUCAAUUUCGCGAAUGGAUAUACUUUCAUUUUACCAACUGAGCCAGAGGCAAGUUAGAGAAUCAUCUCAUCUGCCAGGCUGAUUUUUCGACCAACAUCUUGCAUAUAGUUAACAUAACGCAGGGAGAGGAAGCGGACUGAUAAAUUUUUAGGCUUUUUCGUAGAGACUAUGUAAAGAUCUCUCACAUGGAUCCCUUUCGCCCUCAAUAACUCCCUUAUCAAUUUUAAAAUCAGAAAUUAUCAUAUGACGGUUGGUAAUUAGUAUUUAUGAAAACGAUCUACCAAAUGUUUGUCAAAAUUGUUCAAAUGCUUGCUACGUGGAUGACUAAGCUCCUAUUGUCUUUGACCGCGAACGACUCUGCUUGGAUCACUCAAAGUGUUAAUUCCGACUUACAACGGAUUCGCAAUUGGUGUUUCAACAAUUCUUCGAUGCUUAAUCCAGAUAAGACGAAACUAAUAGUUUUUGGCAGCCGAAGAAUGUCUUCCAAAUUACUGGACUUUAAAUUAUCCCCACUAGGAAAAGACAUUAUCCCGGCUCAAUCAGUCAAAGACCUUGGAGUAAUUUCUGAUCCCACGCUAUCUUUUGAUAAUCAUAUUUCUACUGUAGUAUCGUCUUGCAUGUCGAAAUUCUCUAAGAUAAGCCGUAUUACGUUUUCGAUAAACAACUGCUUGAAACCAUGAUAAACGCUUAUGUUUUCAGUAAACGGUAUUACUGUUCAUCAGUAUGGUCAUCCACCUCAGCCUGUAAUAUUCGUAAAUUGCUAUACGUUCAAAACUUUGCCGCGCGAGGCAGCGUAUCUGGACGUAUAAACAGAAACUUUCAACGACUAAACAUUCCUCUUUGUAAAACUGCAACAGGACAGAAAACAUUUUGUUAUAAAAAUGUAUCUAUCUGGAACAAGUUAGAUCCAAGCCUUAAAUUAUGUAAGAGUUCUGCUUCCUUUAAGAGAGCUCUAAAAAAUCCCCUUUUGAAUGAAUUUUUAAACUGACCAUAUUUUAUUUAGACAUAUAAUUCGUAUUAUAUUAUAUAUAUUUUACUUUGUAAUCCAAUUUCUUUACUGAAAAGCGGCAGAUGGGGAUGUGUUCAAUACCUGUGUGUAAAUGUAUCUCUACUUUUUCCCGUCUAAAGAAGGCAGCGAUGACGUAAUUCUUUGGUCAUACAGGUUUGAAUAGCUUAAACGCUCUAAACUCAAAUGUGAAAGAACAGAAACCAAUUCUUUUAAAAAAAGUUCCUUAUUAACACGUUGACCGAACGCUUAUCAAUAUGAUAUCCAAUACGUUUUGUUCGCGUUUUGUUUAAAAAAUCAAUUUGUGUGUUCUACCCUACUAUCUUUUCUUUUUAAAAUUGUUAAAAUCUAAGAUUUAUGCAUAAUUCUGCUGUCACCUUAGCAAAAUCACCAAAAGUUUGUAGUCACUUAGGCGAAGAAAAUUAAUAAGUGAAAAGUGUUUUUACAUUUAAUGGGCAGAGUUUGAGGCAAAACUUUUCUCUGAUGCGAAAGGCCUUGGACCACUCUUACAGAGAUCGCCACUUAAUUGAUAUGCAGUACCGUAAGAAAUUGACUUCAUAACCCAUUAAAUGCAGCGGAUAUUGAUCAUGUCGAGUUCAGAGUCUGCCUAGUUUCCGAGCCCCUCGACUGUGUAGUGUUCUCAAAAUUUUGCACCCUCAGAGAGAAAUGUUUUAUUUUGCAGUUGUUUUCAAAAUGAAAAAAAUAUUCCGGUUUUUUUUUUCCAUGUUAUUAUGAAUUAACAAACUUCGUGUCAAUAAUAUCUGCUUCAGCCUUCGGCUUCGUCUGAUAACUCAGACCUAAAUGGUGAUAUUUCACGAUAUCAUUCUCAGUGUCAUCGUAUAAUUGCUUAUUUUUCCGAGAGUCAUGGCGUCAUAUAGCGUGUCGGUAAGAAUGCCUCAUAAAACUAACAACUAAUUCUUUUUCAGGUGGAUUUGACCCAACUGGAAUUAUUGAUAAUAUUCGUCAACUCUACAAAAAUCGGGAAGGUUGGCUGGCACCGUUUCCCUGGUGUGAAGAUUUUCACUUCUCCUUUGACGACAUCUACACCAGACUUAAAGUCAUCUACAGAAAGAAAACGAAAGGAAAAGCAACAGACCGAGUUGUCACGAUGUCUGAAAUCUUCAACCAGCACGAAGAAUGUGAAGAACCAAGAGUUGUGUUAAUUGAAGGGAAGCCUGGUAUGGGAAAGACCACUUACUGUAAAAAAGUUGUUUUCGAGUGGGCCUCAGGAAAACACGCAACCGGAAAUUGCUUCGCAAACAUCGUAAUAGUGCUUUUGAUCAAAUGUCGUGAUGUUCAGUCUGGCCUUUGGGAGGCCAUUGAAGAUCAACUUCUGCCUCGAGAAGUUGGUGAAGACCAACGUGAGAGAUUCUUCGACUUCAUUCGCCACAAUCAAUCUAAUGUUCUUCUGGUACUCGAUGGAUUGGAUGAAGUUUCUGAGAAGAAGCUACCUAUGUUUUCAGAAAUUAUUCAAGGGCGAGUACUGCUAAACUGUCGCGUGGUUGCUACGGCACGACACGAAGCUGGAGUCAAAGUUCGAAAAUACUGCGACACGCUGUUAGAAGUUGAGGGAUUUACUGAAAAAGAUGUACAAUCCUUCAUCAGAAAGUACUUCAAAGCCGAACCAAACUUGGCCAAGCAGCUUAUCGCACACCUGUAUAUUGAUCGCAAGUUAUAUGAAAUAUUGACAAAUCCUCUCAACACUGCGCUUCUUUGCCUGGUUUAUGAAGAUUUGAAAGGUAUAUUUCCUGAGAGCAGAACGAAGCUGUACAUGGAAAUAGUGGAGUGUGUACUAAGAAGGUACAGAACAAAGCAGCAACUACCAGGAAACGGUGAAGACCUUGUUGACCUUUACGAAAGCCAAUUGAAACACCUUGGUUCGAUAGCUUUGAAAGGUUUACUUGAAGACAACUUGGAUUUUGACGAGAAGGAGCUUGGAAAACACAAAGCAAGCGAUUUACCUGGAUUUGGAUUUCUGUCAGUUCAGCCUGGAGGCAGUAAACUAAGACCAACUAGACGUUAUAGCUUUCUUCACAAGACUUUCCAAGAAUUCUUCGCAGCGUUCUAUCUCAGUUGUCAGCUUAUCCAGAAAGAAAUCAGUACGAACAGCAUACCUGCUGGCAAAAAACAUCGCCAUCAACUGAAAGAAGUGCUUCUGUUUACAUUUGGUAUGCUAGCAGCACGAUGCGAGGAAACAGUGGUGAACCUUCUGAAAAGCAUAGCAACACAGUUAAACCAGGAAGAAGAGGAAGACGUGGACGUUAUAUUAGAGUGUGUUAAUGAAUGCAAAAAGAAGAACAAAAAUAUUGAUGAAAAAUUGGCUACCGCUCUUGGCGCUUCUCUUCAAACUGAAUCUGUUGAAGUUUCAAGUGUAGAAGUGGAUGAAACUCUAGCUGUCUUUUUAAGCAACUUUCUGAAAACAAAUACAACUGUGAGAAACUUAACAUUAAAUAACUCUUCGCAAGACGGGGUUGCCGCUCUUGCAGAGUGUUUGAAAUAUAAUGCAUCGCUGGAAACGUUGAGCAUGGCUGGUGUUGUAAUUGGUGAUGAUGCUGCUGCUGCUCUGGGUGAGUGUUUGAAAUAUAACAAAUCGCUGACAAAGUUGAAUGUGGCUUGUAAUGAAAUUGGUGAUGAUGGUGCUGCUGCUCUGGGUGAGUGUUUGAAAUAUAACAAAUCGCUGACAACGUUGGAUUUGAGUGAUAAUAAAAUUGAGGAUGAUGGUGCUGCUGCUCUGGGUGAGUGUUUGAAAUAUAACAAAUCGCUGACAACGUUGUGUUUGAUUGCUACUGGAAUUAAGGAUGAUGGUGCUGCUGCUCUGGGUGAGUGUUUGAAAUAUAACAAAUCGCUGACAACGUUGUAUUUGUGUGGUAAUGGAAUUGAUGAUGAUGGUGCUGCUGCUCUGGGUGAGUGUUUGAAAUAUAACAAAUCGCUGACAACGUUGAAUUUGAAACAUAAUCGAAUUAAUGAUGAUGGUGCUGCUGCUCUGGGUGAGUGUUUGAAAUAUAACAAAUCGCUGACAACGUUGGAUUUGAGUGGUAAUGAAAUUGGUGAUGAUGGUGCUGCUGCUCUGGGUGAGUGUUUGAAAUAUAACAAAUCGCUGACAACGUUGGAUUUGAGUGCUACUGGAAUUGAGGAUGAUGGUGCUGCUGCUCUGGGUGAGUGUUUGAAAUAUAACGAAUCGCUGACAACGUUGUGUUUGAUUGCUACUGGAAUUGAGAAUGAUGGUGCUGCUGCUCUGGGUGAGUGUUUGAAAUAUAACAAAUCGCUGACAACGUUGGAUUUGAGUGCUACUGGAAUUGAGGAUGAUGGUGCUGCUGCUCUGGGUGAGUGUUUGAAAUAUAAUACAUCGCUGACAAAGUUGAGUUUGGAUAAAAAUGAAAUUGGCAAUGAUGGUGCUGCUGCUCUGGGUGAGUGUUUGAAAUAUAAUACAUCGCUGACAGAGUUGAGUUUGGAUGACAAUGAAAUUGGCAAUGAUGGUGCUGCUGCUCUGGCAGAGUGUUUGAAAUAUAAUACAUCGCUGACAACGUUGGAUUUGAGUCAUAAUAAAAUUGGUGAUGAUGGUGCUGCUGCUCUGGGUGAGUGUUUGAAAUAUAACAAAUCGCUGACAACGUUGGAUUUGAUUGGUAAUGGAAUUGAUGAUGAUGGUGCUGCUGCUCUGGGUGAGUGUUUGAAAUAUAACGAAUCGCUGACAACGUUGUGUUUGAUUGCUACUGGAAUUGAGAAUGAUGGUGCUGCUGCUCUGGGUGAGUGUUUGAAAUAUAACAAAUCGCUGACAACGUUGGAUUUGAGUGCUACUGGAAUUGAGGAUGAUGGUGCUGCUGCUCUGGGUGAGUGUUUGAAAUAUAAUACAUCGCUGACAAAGUUGAGUUUGGAUAAAAAUGAAAUUGGCAAUGAUGGUGCUGCUGCUCUGGGUGAGUGUUUGAAAUAUAAUACAUCGCUGACAGAGUUGAGUUUGGAUGACAAUGAAAUUGGCAAUGAUGGUGCUGCUGCUCUGGCAGAGUGUUUGAAAUAUAAUACAUCGCUGACAACGUUGGAUUUGAGUCAUAAUAAAAUUGGUGAUGAUGGUGCUGCUGCUCAGGGUGAGUGUUUGAAAUAUAACAAAUCGCUGACAACGUUGGAUUUGAUUGGUAAUGGAAUUGAUGAUGAUGGUGCUGCUGCUCUGGGUGAGUGUUUGAAAUAUAACAAAUCGCUGACAACGUUGGAUUUGAGUGCUACUGGAAUUUAG